AAUGCACAUAAAAAUAAUUAAUUUUGAUGAAAAUUGCAUAUUAAAAAGAUAUAAAUACCCGAAGAGAUGACACCUUUUUAUAUUUUCUAAGCUAUUUAGAAAUUAGAUAAAUUUUCUAUUAAGAUACAUUACAUUUCUAUCAUUACAAAUCAUUAUGACAUUAAGACUUUCUAAACAUACACUUUGCUUCGAAGAGUACCAAGACAGGAUCUCAAAGACAUGUAUUUCUGUUAAGAAUCUAUCACUUAAACAUAAAGUGGCAUUUAAUCUUCAAACUACAACAGCAUCAGAUCAUUAUACGGUUUAUCCAUCUACUGCUAUGCUUAAUCCAAAUUGUGAAUGUGAAAUUUCAUUUGAAAAACAUCCUUUUAGUCUUUUCCAUGAAAAUAAGGAAUCCAAUAAGACAAUUGAUAGCUUUAUUAUUCAAUCUAUACAAAUAGAUGAUAAAAUGAAUAAAAAAAUAACAAAAAUGAAAAAAAAUGAUAAAAUAAUAUGGGAUUUUCUUGAAUCAGAAGUUCAAAAGAGUUUCAAGAAGAACAAAAUAAAGACAGUUACGUUAUUAGUAUCUAUUAACAAUAAAACCGAUUUAGAUGUUUCAUCGAACCUAACAACUAAAAAAUCAAAUGGCACAAAAAAGGAAAGCUAUAAUAAUAUUACAAAAAAAAUAAAUCACUUUUCUACAUUGCCUAUAAAAUUUUUUAGAAACAAUAUGUUUAUACAAAAUCAGAAAGAAUAUGAAUAUCUUCAUCAAAAAAAGACCUUUCGCAGUUCUUCCGAAACAUUAGAAACAAUUAUGUCAUCCUCAAGAAAAUAUCAAAUGCAAGAUAAUGAUUUAAAAUCUCGAAAGUUGUUCAAAGGUUCAUGCAACAUGACAGAUAAACACGGAAACCCAUUUCAAAAUUUGAAGAACGAUUUUUUUUAUUCCACAGAUACAUUUAAUACAUAUAUGUCUGACAAUACAACAAUUACUGUUGUGAAUUUAGGUCAUUCACACAAAACAUAUAAUAAUGAAACGAAUAACACUAGUUUAUCUGAAUUAUGGUCUAAUAAAGAUUCAGAUGAUGAUACUGAUUUAAAUUAUUUAAAAGUAUCUACUGACGUCAUAGAGCCAAAAAAGAUUGAAGGGGAUUUCAAUAAAGGCAUUGAACAUCUUCAAGUAUGGAAAUUGAUACAAAAACAGAACAAAACUAAACAUCCUGAUACAUCUUCAGAUAAAAAUGAGUUUUCUGACAAUGAAUUUAUCAUUCCAUCUCUUCCUUUGAAGCAAAAUUUCAUAGCUUCAACUAUUUCUAUAGAUUCAAGUCCAUCUUUACUAAGUUUAUCUCAGAGAUCUACAGAAAGUUUUCUUUCUCAAGAAAUAUUUUAUACAUAUAAGAGUUCAACUUGCAAAGGAAUUAGGAACGAUGUCAGAAAAAUAUCUUUUAACAAAGAAUCAUUAUUUUCUCAUUCUCAAAAAUCCACCUAUGAUAAUUCUAUAACCCCGGAUUGGAUGAACGGCAUUUUAAACUUACAAAAAGAUUUUCAAGCAAUGAUUGAUGACUUUGAUCAAAAAAUAAAUUUUGAUAUUAAAGAUUUUAAUCUUUCAACUAUUUCAUGUCAAGUGUAA